AGAGCACAGCGUCGGAACGCCACGGGGGAGGCGAGGUUACCAGGGGGUCUGUGGUAGUGCCAGGCCUGUGACGCAUAACUCGCACGCCUCCGCUCGCUGGACUCCUCUUCUAAGUGGCGCAAGGCGGAGAGCUGCGGCGCUUAAUCCGCGGCCGGAAGGGCUGCGACUUGCAGUUCAGCCCAAGGAAGAGGCAGAGCUCUCCACGUAGUCCAGCUUCCGAGUGCCUUAGGAAGAAGAUCAUUUUAUUGAUUUUAUUCCAGACCAGACUGGGCCUCAGUUGUAAAAGGUGAUACUCGUGGUGUGUCCAACACGGGAGCAAACUUCCAGGCAGAAUGAUGAUGGUAGAUUGGAAGGUGGCUGAGCAUUUGAACCCUCAGAUCAGUGCUCUGUGGGAAACCAGUGGACCUGUGGCAGAGAGCUCCAGUCAGAAAUAUACCUCACACACGGACAGCCUCAGUUCUGAGAGCUCGCGCCAGCACUUCCGGAGCUUCCACUAUCAUGAAGCAGCUGGACCUCGUGAGGCUGUUGGCCAACUUCAGGAAUUAUGUCAUCGGUGGCUGAGGCCAGAGAUACACUCAAAAGAGCAGAUCUUGGAAAUCCUGGUGCUAGAGCAGUUCCUCACUAUUCUUCCCAGGGACACGCAGACUCAAAUAAAGAAGUACCACCUAAAGAGCACUGAAGAAGCUGUGGCCUUGGUAGACCACUUGCAGAGUGAAUCUGGUCAAACAAGAAAUGGGGUUGCUGUCCAUGAGCUGAGAAAGGAAGCAGUGCUCUUGGGAGAAACAACAGAGGCCCCAGGCUUCAGGCUGAAGCCAACAGAGUUCCAGCCGUCAGUGGGCACAUCCCAGGAUGAAGAACUUCGGAAUAUAUAUCAGGGUGUACAAGAAGAGCUGAGCAGAAAUACUCAUAAAGAAACCGAGCCUGUGUGUGAGAAGGCCGUGCCUGCUCACCAGACCCUUGCCUUUCGUGAGCAGACAAACACCAAAGACUGGACAGUGGCAUCUGAGCUCGUCUUGCCUGAGUCCCAGAGCUUGUUGACAUUUGAAGAAGUGGCCGUGUAUUUUUCUCAGGAAGAAUGGGAGUUACUGGAUCCCAGUCAGAAGGCCCUCUACAAUGAUGUAAUGCAAGAAAACUAUGAGACUGUCAUCUCGCUAGCCAUAUUUGUGCUUCCGAAACCUAAGGUGAUCUCCUGUCUAGAGCAAGGGGAAGAGCCAUGGGUUCCAGGAUCCCCGAAUUUGAAGGACAGUCCUGGAGCGCGGCCUACAGGAUUAAACCUCAAAAAUAACACUGAAAAUCAUCAGCCAAUAUGCCUUUCUGACUUAGAAAUACAAGCACCAGGAAACGUAAUAUCUAAAAAGGCCAGUGUAAAAGUUCCCCAGAAAACAACAGGCAAAGAAAAUCAUAGUGAAAUGCACAGGGUGGGGAAAUGGCACCGAGAUUUUCCAGUGAAGAAAAGAAGGAAACUUUCAACUUGGAAACAAGAGCUGCUGAAACUCAUGGUUCGUCACAAGAAAGAUCGUGCGGGAGAGAAGCCUUUUAAAUGCCAGGAAUGUGGGAAAAGCUUCAGAGUCAGCUCUGACCUUAUUAAGCACAAAAGAAUUCACACUGAAGAGAAACCGUAUAAGUGUCCACAGUGUGAUAAGAGGUUUAGAUGGAGUUCAGAUCUUAAUAAGCACUUAACGACACACCAAGGAAUAAAACCAUAUAAAUGCUCAUGGUGUGGGAAAAGCUUUAGUCAAAAUUCAAAUCUCCACACACACCAAAGAACUCACACUGGAGAGAAGCCCUUUACGUGUCAUGAAUGUGGGAAAAAAUUCAGUCAGAACUCCCACCUUAUUAAACACCGGAGAACUCACACAGGUGAGCAGCCUUAUUCCUGUAGUAUAUGCAAGAGAAACUUCAGCAGGCGGUCAAGCCUUCUUAGACAUCAGAAACUCCACCAAUGAAGGGAAGCUUGUCCAGUGUCCUCAGUCUCAACAAAUUUACCAAGCGGAGCUUGACCCUAAAGUUCAUAAAAAAAUACAAAAUUAUGAAGCAUGAAGAAUUUUCCAUCAGUGGAAAAAGUUCAGGAUAUAAACGUUUCAUAGAAAGGAAUCAAGCUUGACUCGAGGGCAAGGGGAUGCACUAAAUUUGAACUACUUUCUGUUUUUACGUAUAACUUUCAGGGAAUUUCUUUGCAAGAGAGAGGUAUUCUAAGAACAUUCUGAAUAGUGGGAAAAGCUGUUUGGGAUUCUACCUGGCAAAAUAGCAAAUUCAACUUCAAAUAGCAGAUGCAGCCAUGAAUCUGAUAAAUCAGUCUUCAGUGGUCACUGACGUAAAUAGUGUUGGUUUUGCAUUGAUCUCCCCAGCUACUCUUAAACACAUAUGACAGAAGCAUUUGUAGCAUGGUCUUCAUAACAAAAGCUAUAAUAUACUUGUUUUACUGCAUUCCAUUGUCAUCAAGGUAGCAGGCUUACUAAUUUCAGUAGCCUCAUGGGGCAGAAAUCUACCGCAAAAGUUUCCAAGAAUCAAAUUGGAAUUUCUUUUUUUCUCUUGUUCUUGGACAUCAUACGAGUUCCUUUUUGACCUUUUUAGCAACUUUAGCUUUUGGGUCGUUUUAGCGCAAUUUUUAUUAUGAUAAAUAAUAUUUACUUCCCCACUAGGGAAUCUGCCAGAUAACUAAUAAUGCACUCUUAUAUCUUUUGUUAGUGCUCUUUGACAAAAGUGAAAACAUUUCUAAUGAGAUCAUAUGGAAACGGGUUGGAACUUUUAGCCACAGAAUAUAUAUUAGAUAUAAUGAAGAAUUUUCUGCAAUAACAAAGUAGACUUUUUUUCCUUCCAAUGUUAAUAGGAUGAAAUGCCAUAAAAAGUAGCACUUACCCUGAAAGAAAAUUAAGGGAAGUUCAGGAUUAGCUUCUCAAUUUUUUGUUUGCUUGCUUUUUCAUUUGGCUUUUGUUUAAGAAUCAGGAGAGAGUUAUAUAUUUGUCUGGGAAGUGGAGCGUGUCCUGCAGGCAGGAUCCUUGGUUCACUGGGCAUGGUCACCUGGAAAUCCAGUCAGCAGGAGACUAAGUUUCCAAAAGGAAAGUUUUGGGAACUGAUGCUGAGUGAUGGGUAAAUGUUGGCAAAUCCACGUCCAUGUUGGUUCUCUUACACUGUAAACUUUUAAGCAGACAGGGUCUACCAGUUUUCUCCAGCCCUCCAUUUAGCAGUAGCAUUAGGUGAUAAGUUUGAUAGACUGCCAAAAAUCUCUCUGGUCUGUGGGUUUUCUUAUAUAACUUACUCUUUAUCUAUAACAGUGACUCAAAUGUGUUCCUAUUAGAACUUUAAAGUAGUAUCAGGGAAGGAUUUAAAUAAUCUCUUCCAAAUCCUUUAUUUUAUAAAUGAAGACAUUAAGGCUCAAAGACACAUAGGGACUUGUUCAAGACCCAAUAGCUAGUGGGUCUGUUGGCUGUCACUUAGCUUCAUUAGACAGGCCUAAUGAAGGCAGGGUUAGCAGGACUGAUUUAUAUGUUAUCCCUGCAGAGCCAGCCUGGAUGACAUUGUAUUGUAUCUAUUUCUAGCUUAUAAAACAUUCCUGUUUCUUGAUUGGUUACUGAAACACUCUUCAGUCUCCAUUUUCUCUGAAAUAGAGAAACAUCUCAGGGUUGAUCUGGGGAUUACAGGGAUUCAUAAAAGAAGCGCCUACCAGUCUGGCCAACAGUAGAUGCUCAAGGAAUGUGCACUUCUUUCCCUGUCCCCUGCUCCCCAGAUAUGUUGGGAGGGUUGAUUGCAUUAAAGAAGCAGAUGCAUUUGUGGCUCUUGCAGCUCCUCUGAGGAGCUGAGCACUGGUGGUAGUGGCUAUGCUGACUUGAUUUGGUCUAUGGUUUAAGUGCUAUUUGGUGUAAGUCACCUGAGCUUUAGUCUGGUAAGCUCUGCGGGAUUUUAUUUUCUUCCCCAAAAUGAGCUACACCAAGUAGUAUUUCUUAAGCACAGCCAAGGCUGGCACUCUGGUCUGCAUAGCUCUUAUCCAGCACUCUCAUUCUUAGAUCCCUAGGACUCUGUCUCUUCUAAGAUACAUGUGAAUUUCUUGUAGCACAUUCAUUAAUUUAAUGAGGGCCUAUUUUGUGCCCAGGCACUGUUCUAGACCGAGAAUACAGUAAUGAACAAAAGAGAAAAUGCAUACUCUCAUGGAACUUGUAUUCUAGUGAAUAGUAAAAAGGAGAAUGGUUAUGCUUUUCUGCUCCUUGCAGUUAGAUAGGGUCAUGAGGUGGUUUAGGUCAAUGGGUUGUAAGCAGAAGACUUACUUCUGGGCUAAAGCAUUUAUUUGUUGGUGUAAGACUAGUGCUCUGUUUUCCUGCCUCAAUCAUGGGAGUGCAAACAGAGAGAGGAGCCAUGAGAUCAAACCAGUCUGGAAUGCUGAGUCCUCACAUAUUUGGUUAGCUGUCCUGGCCAGGCAUAUAAUGGACUUUGUGGGAACGAGAAAUAAAUUAGUUUGUUUAACCACUGAAA